AUGGAGAAGUUUGUGUGGGAGCAAAUAGUGACAAGAUUUGGAAUAACAAGAGUAAUUGUGAGUGACAAUGGCAAGCAAUUUUGGGAAGGAGUUUUCAGAAGCUUUUGCGAAAACUUAGAAAUUCAACAGUCUUUUACUUCAGUAGCCCACCCGCAGGCUAACGGACAAGUAGAAGUAACCAACAGAGUAAUCAUGAACGGAAUCAAAGCAAGGAUGGGAGAUGCCAAGACGGAUGGUUGGACGAAUUGCACCAACUUCUUUGGGGCAUCCGAACAACACCUAAAGCAAGCAACAGAGAAACACCAUUCAACUUGGUGUAUGGAUCAGAAGCAAUGA